UAUCCACUUAAGAGCAAUUGUUAAGCUGCCGUGGCGCAGUGAUCAGAACGCUACGAAUCAAGAGAUUUAGAAUCAAGAAAUUUAAUGCCAGACCUUGCCAUAAAUGCGACAAGUGCUGAAAAAAAAAAAAAAAACUCCUACACAUGUUUCUGUAAUGCUUUCAAAAGAUAAUUCAGCCACAGAAGAGAAUUUUCAACAAGGUUAUGAUGAGCAUUUUGAUCCUCCAGCUCCUGAUGUUUACGAAUGCCCAAUAUGUUUGCUUGUUCUUAAUGCACCUGUACAAACAGAAUGUGGACACAGAUUCUGCAGAGGAUGCAUAUUAAAAGUUUUAAGAGAAGGUCGUCCAAAUUGCCCAAUUGACAACUAUUCAAUAAAUGAAGAACAGAUAUACCCUGAUAAUUUCGCUUUACGAGAAAUACUUGAGCUCAAAGUACGAUGCCAAAAUAGUAAAACACAUAAUUGUAAAUGGUUAGGAAGUCUUAAAAGUCUUAAGGAGCAUAUGAUGAGUUGUGAAUAUAAUUUGUUUCCUUGUUCGAAUAACUGUGGAGAAAAAAUGACACGAAAUGCUUUGGAUAAACAUAUUCUCAAUGACUGUCCAAAAAGAGUUAUCAGUUGUGAAUACUGUAAAUUAAAAAUUGUUUUUAAAAAGUUGCAGGAUCACUAUGAGCGCUGUGAAGGUUUUCCCGUUAAUUGUCCUAAUGUCUGUGAAGUUGUAGUAAUUCCUAGAGGAAAGUUAAAAAUACAUAUGGAAGUGGAAUGCUCAAGAGCGAUAUUAAAAUGCUCAUAUAAAGAUACUGGUUGUGAAUUUCAAGGAACACGAGAUGAAGUGGCUAAUCACUUGAAAACAGAAAAUCAUCAAACUAUGUUAUUGCAGAUGUUGUGUGAUCUAAAAUUAAAAGUUGCAAACCAAGAAAAAGUGAUUGAAUCUUUCAAAGAAAAGGAGAUUACUUUUAAUAAAGAGUUUCAGUCAUCAAAUGGUGCAGGAUACCCAUUUUCUUUAAAGCCGGAAGCUAGCAUUGUUGGAAGAUUUGAUGAACUUGAGAAAAAGAUCAAUCAGGUAAAGGCUACAUCUGAAGUGUGUCGUAGUGAACUUAAGCAUACUAGAAGUGAGUUAGAAUCUCGCAUUGAAAGUAUAAGUAUUGAAGUUAAAGCUCAAAAUGAAGUUAUCAAUGAAGUCAGUGCAAGAACCUGGAAAGGAAAUUUUAUAUGGAGGAUAAGUAAUUUUGACCAGUUGUUCAGACAAGCAUUAAGUGGUGAAGUUCCCGCUAUUCAUAGUUUACCCUUUUAUACUGGUGUUCCAGGCUAUAAAAUGUGCUUACGAAUCAAUUUAAAUGGAAUUGAUUCUGGUGCAGGAACCCAUGUCUCCAUGUUUGUUCAUAUGAUGCAAGGUGAGUUUGACAGUUUAAUUGAAUGGCCAUUUCCUGGAAAUGUAAUUUUUACAAUACUGGACCAAGAUACUCGUGAUCCUCAACAUGUUUGCGAAACUUUAACUGCUAGACCAACAUUGCAAGCUUUUUUAAGACCCAAGAUUAAUCGUAAUCAUAAAGGGUACGGAUAUAUAGAAUUGAUUCGACAUACAACGUUACGUACGCGUGGAUAUAUUUCUAAUGAUACAUUAUUAGUACGAGUAGAUAUUAAGAUGCCGCCUACAAGAUGAGAAUAUUCAUGAUGAUAUUUUUUAUCUACAAGAUAAGAAUAAUGAUGAAAUAAUUAAAUAUCAGUUAUCGAUAAAGUAUUUCGUGAAUACAAUCAAUCAAUCAGGAUUACAACUUACAUUCUGAUUCGAAUUUGUGUUGUAAUCAUCAAAAUUGAAAUUGUAGACACGUUGAAACUUUAUUUUUAUUAAUCAACUUAAUCGACAAACAUUAAAAAAUUUUUUGCAAUGUUCAAAUAGUACAACCAAAAAAACUGGUUGUAAUAUUUAAACAUUGCAAAAAAUGAUUAUGCUAUUUGAACAUUGCAAAAAAAAAAAAAAAAAAAAACUUGUUUGUACUACUUGAAAAUUGCCAAAAACUUUGGUUGUAUUAUUUGAGCAUUGCAAAGAAAUUCUUGGUUUGUACUAUUUGAGGAUUGCAAAGAAAUUCUUGGUUUGUACUAUUUGAACAUUGCAAAGAAAUUCUUGGUUGGUACUAUUGGAACAUUGCAAAGAAAUUCUUGGUUGGUACUAUUUGAACAUUGCAAAGAAAUUCUUGGUUGGUACGAUUUAAACAUUGCAAAGAAAUUCUUGGUUGGUACUAUUUGAACAUUGCAAAGAAAUUCUUGGUUGGUAUUAUUUGAACAUUGCAAAGAAAUUCUUGGUUGGUACUAUUUGAACAUUGCAAAGAAAUUCUUGGUUGGUACUAUUUGAUUGCAAAAAACUUUUUUCGUGGUAGAAUUCUUUGUUUUCGGAAAGACAAAAAAAAGUCACAUUAUUAUUUUGAGAUGAUGUGUUAUUAAAUGGAUUUAAAGUACGAUAGAUAUUAUCCAACGUAAAAACUUAUCACGAUGUACAACGUAAAAACUUAUUACGAUAAAUUGACAGCCUAGCUAUAAAUCUUACGUGACUAUAAUAUAAAUCUUACGUGACUAUAAUAUAAAUAGGUUUACAUUAAAGAGUUAACGUUUUAAAUGAUUACCAUAAUCGAGUUGAUUUCAUCUUUUUAUAGUAUUCUGGUAAUGUGAUAACGAGUUAAUUUCUUUUUUUUUUUAACUGAUAAUGUGAUAAAAUAUCUUUAAAUUUAUUUAUAAACCUUUUUACGUUUUUUUGUUUGUUUUAUAUUUUUCUUUACACAUUUUAUUUCUUCAAAUAGUAGUAAUAUAAACUAAUAAUAUUUUUGAGUUUUUAAAAAUGUUUAGUUCUUAUUUCCGGUAAAAUUUUGUUUUACUUAUUUGAAAAUAUUUUAAUACUAAUAUUAUCUACGUUACGAUGACUUCAUUAUCAUCAUCGAAUCACUUCAAUCGUUAUCAUCAUCAAAAUCACUACAUCAUCAUUAAAAUCACUUCAUCAUCAUCAUUAAAAUCAUUUCAUCGUCAUCAUUAAAAUCACAUCAUCGUCAUCAUUAAAAUCAAUUAAUCGUCAUCAAAUUACGUUCAAAAAACUGUUUUUUUACUUUUUCAAAUAACGCGCGUGUUUAUUUUUGUUUGUCUUUUUACUAUGCAAUUUAUUUGAACGUAGUUUGUAAUUUUUAUUUUAAAAAUUUAAAUGAAAAGAAAAGAUCCUUUAUUAGAAAUUA